AAAUUACACAAUGUUUUGUAUUUUAUAAAAUUAUCCUAUCGUAUUCUUCUUAUCGUACUGCGCGCUCAGCUUUCUCUGACGCGCAUGUGCGAGAGUUGGAGUCAACAUUCUAUUCUAUUGUGUUUACAGUCUAAGAACACAAGUGGGGUCAUAUCCGCAAAACUACUAAUGCGAAUUUUUACCGAAUUCAGACAUCCAAAUAAAAGAAUGUUAACUCCUUGAUUUUUUAUCACCCCUACAUUCGUUUAAAAUACAAAAUUCAUCAUUCGUUCGUUAUUUAAAGUAUCAAUUCAUUCAACUUGUCCCUGCUUACUCUAAAUGUAAAUACAAUUCUACUGCGUAUAUUACAUUAUCACAUUUUCCGAAUCUAACAUUGGCUUCGUUUUAUUAGCUUUCGUACUCUUCCGAAAAUAGCAAAUUGUAAAUGUAUACAUUUAAAUAGUAACAUUGAAAAUAUUCAUGAUAUAUGUAUUAUGAAAAAUUCGAAUCAGUAUACAAAGUUUUCUUUUUUAUCAGAAUCGUUCGAAAUAGGUAGCACCGUGAUUGGAUAUUGUCAUGAAAUGUACAUGAACAAUUAUAAAUAAGCUGUUUACUUGUAAAUUCGUAUGUCGAAGCGCCGUCUACCUGUUGCAUUCACGACUACAAGUACCUGAUUCCAGUUUCAUCCAAAAUCCUUUGGGAGAACGAAAGACUAAUUAGGUUUCUGGUUCGAGACUUUACCGUUAUAUUCUUAACACAUUCUUACUCGUAGACGUAAAUUAUCCCGAAUAUUUAUUUAAAAAUUUCUUAUUACACGGUAAAACCUUUUGUCAUUUUCACGAAUGUCUAAUACGUAUACAUUCGUUAUGUUAUAUUUCAUUUCGGUGAUUUUCUGACACUUGACAAUUUGUGUUCUGAGAAUGUAAUUUUCUGUCAGUUUUAAGAAAACAGAAUGGCUUUUUUAUGUCCUGUGCGUAUUCGACGGGGAAAGAAAAAGAAACCAGGAGUACAUAAUUUCAAUUUGGAGAAAGAUUGUGUCGGAGCUGGAGGUACAGGAUUAGGUUCGGGAACAAAAGUACCGUUACCUCCUGGUCGUAUAACAGGAAGCGCUAGUAUUGAAACUUUAGUCAGAGUAGGUAUCGAAAAAGAAAAUGGACUUUCGCCAGAUAGUAAAAUGGUCAUUGUUCAUGACUUUACUCCUUGUGUUGAUGAUGAACUUCAAGUAAAACGUGGCCAGGUUGUAAAUGUUUUAUAUAGAGAGAAUGAUUGGGUGUAUGUAAUAGCAGCUGAUACACGUAUGGAAGGCUUUGUACCACAUUCGUAUUGUGCACCUUACACAUCACAGCUUGCUGAAUUAACACUUGCUACUCUAAUGAACAAUGUGAAAAAGAAACUACCAAGGUCUAAUGAGACUGAUUGUGAUUUUGCUGGUACAGGUCGUUCACAAACAGUAGAUGCACAACAAACUGACACUGGAUCAGCAUCAGAUUGCGAAAGUUAUGCUCGUAAUGUCACUACUGCUGACGUAAAUGUUAAUCGAUCUAAUAUUACACAGUCUCAAAAUUCCAUUCAAACUAUAUCCUCUCAGGCAGACAUACAUCCAUUCUUUAAGGAUCCAUCAGCUGGAAGAUACAUCGUACUUUAUACUUUUGUGGCUAGAGAUGAAAAUGAUGUUAGCGUAGAAAGAGGUGAAUUUGUAACUGUUCUCAAUCGAGAUGACCCUGAUUGGUUUUGGGUACUUAGACAUUGCGAUGGUAACGAAGGAUUUGUUCCAUCUGGAUUUGUAUAUCCAGGACAUGUUCUUCAUUCUUAUGCGACAACAACUACUACAACUACCACUACAACUACUGCAGCAACUACAUCUACAGAAACGCAUAGUUUAGGGAAAGGCAGCAACACAAUGCCAGGAAAUGAAUCAUUACAACAAAAAGGUUUACGAGAUUUUCGCGAUGAAACAAAUGGUACAGAAUUAGUUGUACUUUACGAUUACAAGGCGCAGGCGCCAGAUGAUUUAUCUGUGAGAAGAGCUGACUGGAUAUAUGCGGAUUUGGGAAACCAAACAGUGGAUGGUUGGUUGUGGGCAUAUGCACCUAAAACUCGCAAAUAUGGUUUUAUUCCGAAAGCAUACGCCCGCCCUCCUGCUAUGACGAGCUUAUGAUACAAACUAUAACCUUGUAUAUCUGACAUUUUUUUGCGUAUAUUCAAAUAACAAAGUACUUCUAUAUAAUACCGCAUUCUAAGCGAAGAUGAAAAUUAUGGAGAUACGAGAAUUACACUUUUCUCUGUUAACAUUAACAUUGAGUGUAGCACAAUUGGAUGUAAUGUGAUUAAGGAGACCUUCGUGCAGAACUAUGCAAUCACCUGUUGAAAAAAUAUCUUCGGGACACUGAGCUGUUCGUAACGAGUUCACUGGACCUGUAUAUGUCAGGGAACGUAAGCCUUCACUAUCAAUCUUAUCCACAGCCUAUUGUGGAAAUAGACCAUUUUUUAUUACAUGCAAUCAUUUAUCAUGUACAUAGACAUAAUCACUUGUCUAACUGUUUUUAAUGAUAUAAUAUACCUGAAUACUACAUAGAA